AUGAGCGAGACUCUGCCAAAUUACUUCCUGCAGCACUUGCGCCAGAACCCGCAAAUCUUAGAGUCCAUUCGCGACUUCCAGGUCAAGUAUCGAUCUUGUUUCGUGCAGCCUUCUUGCACUGCAGAUGACUACACCCAGGAGCAGAGAGCGGCUUAUAUGGAGUUUGCCAACUUGAUAGACCUGCACAUGUCGCAGUUCUUUGCCCUCUACGGCGGCUCUGAGGAAGACUUCGUGGCCGGCCUGGAGUGGAUGAAGGCCACCGAGGACGCGAAUUGGCACGCUUACCAGAUGUGCAUCAAGCAGAUUGAGUUCGAAUCAUUCACCCAGAUGCUGCGAGCGGACGUGUGCCUUUGUUGCGGCAAGCCAUUCGCAUCGCCCGGCCACCCUUUGCCGGCCCGGAGCCCGUACAUGCCCGCGGGAGAUGAGCCGCCUCCAGCACCACCGGUUUCUGAGUGA